ACAGCGUAGUUACUUCUCCUGAAAAGAUGAAUAAUCCUUACGUACGCUAUUAUUUGGAUCAACAGCAAGGGCACGGGAUGCCUGUUUUCUCAGGUAGCCCUUGGCAAGCCGGUUAUGGUCACCAGAUGGGCUAUGGAAUCGGGGGUCUGUUUCGCAGCGUGGCAAGAGCGGUGAUGCCCAUGGUGAAAAGCGGAGCAAAAGCUCUCGGUAACAUUGCCCUGAAAAGUGGCGCUGACUUUGUGGGUGAUGUUCUUGCCGGUAAAAACGUAAAAGAAGCAGCAAAAGCACGAACCGUGGAGGCUGCAAACGUUGCGAAAAGAAAAGCUAUAAAUAAGCUGAAGAGUCAAACAGGAAGUGGAAAACGUGCGAAGGGAACAGCUAAAAAGAGAAAGGCAUCAACAGCUACAGCCAGAAGCAAUCAGACCAAGAAACGGAAAACAGCUCAAGACAUAUUUGGCUGAAGCAUGAAUUUCGUUCAUUCUAAGUCGCAAGAAUGCACAAAAAGUGAACUCGAUCUAUUCUCUGUACCUCCGACACAGACCAGUUUAGAAAAAGGACAUUGGAUAGAUCAUCAACCUGUUUCCAGUGUAGCUGAUGGAGGUUCCAUUACGUUCCUGUCUCCAGGCACUGAAGAUUACAUCGAUCUUGCUAAAACAAUCCUCGUAGUGAGAGCAAAAGUGACGAAAGCUAAUGGUGCAAAUCUUGAUGCAGACGAAAAGGUUAGGCAUUUUUAGCUCUUUAUAGUUAUUAUACGGAGCCCCUUUAUUUGUAAAUAUUAAAUUAUCAAAAUUUUCAAGAGUGUAAUAAAAAAUUGUUAUUGUUAAAGGUUGGCGUUGUGAACAAUUUCCUACACAGCAUGUUCAAACAAGUUGACGUCUUUCUGAAAGAAAAGCAAGUCACUCAGGCUACUGGGACGUAUGCGUACCGUGCUUAUCUGGAAACCCUCUUGAAUUAUGGCCCCUCAGCAAAAGAUUCCCAGCUCACCGCAGCUCUGUUUUACAAGGACACUGCGGGAACAAUGGACAUCGCAAAUCCUACCACAGCAGGUGACGCAGGCAACGCGGGUCUUAGAGCAAGAUACGUUUUCAGCAAGACAAGUGGAAUUAUUGAAAUGGCUGGACCUAUAUUAAGCGAUGUAUUUAUGACCGAGCGUCUCCUGCUGAGUUACGUAGAUCUGAAAGUUAUUUUGAAUCGAAGCAGCAACGAGUUCUGUCUGAUGGCCUCCGAGGACGAUGUUGAUUUCAGAGUGAAACUCACCGACGCCUAUCUCAAGAUACGUAAAGUGAAAGUCAGUCCGAGCAUUUCCGUGGCCCACGAAAUUACAUUGAAAAAAGGACCAGCCAUCUAUCCCAUUCGUAAAGGAAACCUGGCCAUUGAUAUCCAGUUCUCCAGAGCACCCACAGUCGCAGUGAGUCUCGUGUGUUACGGAGAUUUCGAGAAUACCAUUCAUAUCGAUUCUGAGAGAAACGUUAUCUACGAUUAUUCUGGUUAG